UUUGAUCCGUGCCAGUCUCUCCGGUCUCCGGGUCACAUCACACCAGGGAUGCAGACGCCACAACGGAGGCCCCGCAACCUCCCACUCAUCCUUCUGGGAACCAUGCUGCUGGCUGCAGAUUGGGCUGCUGUGGAGAGCCAAGUCCAAUACGAGCAUGAGAGAGAACCAUCCUACUGGGAUACCCGGGCGAAGGCGACACUGGAUGCUGCGCUGAAGCUCCGCCCCCGGGAGCACCGGGCCAAGAACAUCAUCCUAUUCCUCGGAGACGGGAUGGGCGUGGCCACCGUGUCAGCAGCUCGGAUUCUGGAAGGCCAAAUGGAGGGGAACGCGGGGGAGGAGACAGAACUGGCGAUGGACACCUUCCCGUAUGUGGCACUUUCCAAGACCUACAGUGUGGACAAGCAGGUAGCAGACAGCGCGAGCACGGCUACGGCCUACCACUGUGGCGUCAAAGCCAACGCUAAAACGGUGGGGCUGAGUGCCCACGCAGUGGCCUACGAGUGCAACACUACCUUUGGCAAUGAGGUCUACUCCGUACUGCGACGAGCUAAGGCCGAAGGUAAAUCCGUGGGUAUUGUGACCACCACCCGGGUGCAGCACGCCUCCCCGGCCGCCGCUUACGCCCACUCGGUCAGCCGCAGCUGGUACAGUGAUGCCGAUCUUCCGAGCAGCGCCCGCCAUCAGGGUUGUGUGGACAUCGCUACCCAGCUGGUCACCAACGUCGACAUUGAUGUGAUCCUGGGAGGAGGCAGGAUGUAUAUGACACCAAAAGGCACUUCGGACCCGGAAUACCCAACCUCCAACUCUCGCAAGGGAGACCGCAAAGACCGAAGGAACCUUAUAGAUGUCUGGUUAAAGGCUAAACCAAACAAGAACUCCCACUAUGUUUGGCACAGGAAGGAGUUUGAUGCGAUAGACGUUAAAACGACUGACCGACUCAUGGGUCUGUUUGAGCCAAAGGAUAUGAGAUUUGAGGUUUUUCGAAAUGUCACCAGAGAUCCCUCCAUUGUGGAGAUGACGGAGAAGGCCAUUCAAAUCCUCAGCAAGAAUCCCAAAGGAUAUUUUCUGUUUGUGGAAGGAGGGAGAAUUGAUCACGGACACCAUGACGGCAUCGCCAAACUGGCGCUGACGGAGGCUGUGAUGUUUGACCGAGCUAUUGAGCGUGCCUCGCAGCUCACUCAGGAGUCAGACACACUGACAGUCGUCACGGCCGACCAUUCUCACGUCUUCACCUUCGGCGGCAACACCCCCCGAGGAAAUCCGAUCUUUGGUUUAGCGCCAAAAAAAGCAGAUGACCAAAUGCCUUUCACCAGCAUCCUGUACGCCAACGGCCCCGGUUACGUGCAUGUAAACGGAACCAGAGGGAACAUCACGAUGGUGGAUUACUAUGACGAAGAGUACAUGCAGCAGGCCGCCGUCCCACUCGACUCCGAGACACACGGCGGCGAAGACGUCGCCAUCUACGCCAAAGGCCCUAUGGCUCACCUCUUUCACGGGGUGAAAGAACAGAACUACGUGGCCCACGUCAUGGCCUACGCCGCUUGUUUGGAGCCCUACACGGACUGCCCGCCUCCGCCUCACUCCCACACGUCCGCCGGGUGCGCGAGCACACCUUCGAACCUAAUGUUGGGACUCCUGUGCCUUCUUUGGCUGUCCAGAUGACACCCGACCUCACACAUCCGUAAUAAUGCAAGUACAUAGCGUGCAUGUAGAAGACGCAUUAUGCAAUAAUCCUUUAUACAGCCAACAAACACACACACACACACACACAUAUCAUGUGAUCAUGACUUGUGGGGACCACCCUUUUCUACAGGUUGUGGAGGCAUAAAAAAAUAAGGUAAAAUAGCCACUUCCCAGUUAGCUCAUACAUGUUUUUAAAUCUCUGGAUUGAUGAAGUAUUGUGCUGCUCGUACUUACUGGGGACCCUGGGGAAAAAAGAGUUAAUAUGGUUCAUUGGGCCCAAAUUUAAUUAAUUUUGCAUAAUUCACACACAUUUGUACGUGACUACUGAGGACCAUUUAAAAAAAUUUCAAAUUAAAUAUGACAUGAUCCUUAGAAUAUGGCACUACAGCUGUCCUCUUAUAGGAAGUUCCACCCCUUAAAUCUACCAGCUACACCCCGACGAGGGGGCUGCUGUGCAAAUGUCUCACACUCAAACUAACCAGUAAACAUGUUCUAUGGGCCGAAGCUUAAAAAAAUCACUCAGGCAUCUUCAGAACUAUCUGACUAUCAUUUAAAAAAGUUUCCCUUUAGGGGGCCUGUUUUUUGGUCCCCAUACUGUCCGAGGUCCCCUAAAGGUGACUGUGUAAACAGAGCGAUGUCCCCAUUAAGUCAGCAUUGCCAGAACACACACACACAUAUGUGUGUGUGUGUUCAGAAUGGGGACCAAGUUUCUCAUCAUGACUUGUGGGGACUACCCUUUCUACAGGUUGUGGAGGCAUAAAAAAUAAGGUAAAAUAGCCACUUCCCAGUUAGCUCAUACAUGUUUUUAAAUCUCUGGAUUGAUGAAGUAUUGUGCUGCUCGUACUUACUGGAGACCCUGGGGAAAAAAGAAUUCGUAUGGUUCAUUGGGCCCAAAUUUAAUUAAUUUUGCAUAAUUCACACAUAUUUGUACGUGACUACUGAGGACCAUUUAAAAAAAAAAAAAAGUCAAAUUAAA